AUGAUCGAUUUUGAGACAGGCCUCCGGAAUGCUUUUACUGCAGUUUAUCCCGAAGCAAAUAUUUUUUCUUGUUGGUUCCAUUAUAUACAGAGUCUACAGAAAAAUAUUAAAAAGUUGGGUUACACACGUUAUAAACGGGUUUUGAAGACAAAAAUGUAUGCUCAAGCUAAUUAUGUUCAGCUUCCAAGGUUUUUUACAUAUUUUUCUAGCUUUUGGAUUAUGAGGAAGGGACCCGAAUGUUUUACUGUACAUUGCCAACCACGCCGUACAAAUAACAACGUCGAACGUCAAAAGCAAACUUUUCAGGUACUGCAUCCGAAAAUGUGGAUAUUUCUAGAACAUCUGAAUAACAUAAUUACCAAGCAGCACACUAUUGUAGGACAACUGGCUAGUGGUGUGCCAACAACAAGGUCCACUAAAUUUAAAUAUAUUUUAAUUCAGUGA